UUUCUCUUCUUUUUGAUAGGUUGAAAACUGAUUUGCAUAGAUCUUCUGUUGACUGGUGUUGCGCUAGUAAUUGUUUUGUGAGUUUGAAUUUGGGAUUGUCAAAGCACGAUGGCCAAAAUCACACCGAAGGCUUCUCUGGGCAACCUGUUCAAAUUGAGUUACCUUGAUGACUUGGGUAUACCAACUGAAGAAUUCUUGAAGGAUGAAUUGCCUAAGGUUCAUGAUUUGCACCCAAAGGUGAGACAUUACCUUGAGGAUGCCAUUAACCUGUGCUUGCCAGCAAAAGUUCACCUUUGUGAUGGAUCUGAGGAGGAAAACAAGGCCCUGUGGAAAUUCAUGAAGGAGGCUGGUUAUGUUGUUGAUCUGCCUAAAUUGGAAAACUGCAUCCUGGCAAGAACUGAUCCCUGUGAUGUUGCCCGUGUGGAAAGCAAGACCAUAAUUUCAACCGUAAAGCGAUCAGAAGCCAUUCCUGAACACCUGGAAGGCACUGAAGGAAAGCUGGGAUACUGGAUGUCUCCAAAUCAACUCAGUGAUGCCAUCAAGGAGCGCUUCCCAGGCUGCAUGAAAGGAAGAACGAUGUACAUUGUUCCAUUCAGCAUGGGUGUUCUUGGAUCACCAUUGGCAAAGGUUGGGAUUGAAAUCACGGACUCUGCUUAUGUUGCUUGCUCCAUGCGCAUCAUGACUCGCAUGGGUCAUGAUGUGUUGGACUGGAUUGAUCACCAUGGUGGAGAUUUCAUCAAGGCCUUGCAUUCAGUUGGACAACCCUUGCCCAUGGCUGAGCCCCCUGUGUCAAAUUGGCCAUGCAACCCAGAGAAAGUCAUGAUUGCUCACAUCCCAAGUAAGAGGGAAAUUGUGUCCUUUGGCUCUGGUUAUGGUGGCAACUCCCUGUUGGGCAAGAAAUGCUUUGCACUCAGGAUUGGUUCAACUAUUGCCAGGGAUGAAGGAUGGAUGGCUGAACAUAUGCUGAUUGUUGGUAUCACAAGGCCAAAUGGAAAGAAACAUUACAUUGCUGCAGCUUUCCCAAGCCAGUGUGGCAAGACAAACUUGGCAAUGAUGAAUGCAUCCCUGCCUGGCUAUAAAGUGGAAUGCGUUGGAGAUGACAUUGCUUGGAUGAAGUUUGACCCUGAUGGAAACUUGAAGGGUGUUAAUCCUGAAAAUGGAUUCUUUGGAGUUGCUCCAGGAACAUCGCAUGCAACAAAUCCAAAUGCUAUGGAGUCUCUGAAGAAGAACAGUAUCUUCACCAAUGUGGCAACUACCAGUGAUGGUGGUGUUUUCUGGGAAGGCUUGGAGAAGGAGGUUGACUUGAGCAACCUGGAGGUGACUGACUGGCUGGGCAGACCAUGGAAGACUGGCUCAAAGACCCCUGCUGCUCACCCCAAUGCAAGGUUUGCUUCGCCUUGCUCCCAAUGCCCAAUUAUUGACCCAAAAUGGGAGGAUCCUGAAGGUGUCAAAAUUGAUGCUAUUCUGUUUGGUGGUCGUCGUCCUGCUGGUGUUCCUUUGGUGUUGGAAUCCUUCAGUUGGCAACAUGGCAUCUUUUUGGGGUCCUGUGUUUCAUCUGAAGCCACUGCUGCUGCAGAAUUCAAGGGCAAGUUCUUGUGGCCUGGUUUUGGUGAGAACUUGAGAGUUCUAGACUGGAUUCUGCGCCGUUUGGAUGGUGAAGACAUUGGAGAAAAGUCUGCCAUUGGCAUCAUUCCCAAAGAAGGAAGCAUCAACAUUGCUGGUCUGAGCCCAGCUCCAGACAUGAAGGAGCUUUUCCAUCUGCCCAAGGACUUCUGGCUGGAUGAGGUGACGGAAAUGACCAAGUAUUACAAGGAACAAGUGGGCAAGGAUUUGCCAAAUGAAAUGUGGCGUGAACUUGAGGAUCUGAAGAAGCGCAUCGAAACUCUUUGAGUGAAUCACUUAAGAACAGAACAAAAGAAGGCUGCCCUCAUUUUCCUCUUGAGUUUUCUUGGAACAGAACCUUUUCAAGAGUGCAAUAUUGUUCAGGCAUGUUCUCAUUUCAUCCAAGCCCAGUAAAGGGUUCAAUUUGUGGUUAUAUUUGCGGAGGUGCAAGUUGAGUGGUAUGUACAAGAAUCAAAAAAAUUCUUAGUUGGGAGGUUUGGGUUUGUGUUGGGGGGGUUUUCCUGAAUACCUCACAUGCAGCAUUGUCAUGAUUGGUGGAAGAAAACUACUGUAUUGAAACUCUCUCCAGCUAAUUUUUUCAGAAUCAAGAGUUUUUUUUAUCAGUGAAGGUAUUCUGUAGUUUGAAUGUAUUUGAAAGCCGUGAUUCAAAUGGCAGUGUCUUUUGUUUGCUGUAAUAAUCUCACCUCAGGAUUACAGGCUUACAGAUUGUGGUCAGAAAUUAUUUCACAGGGAUGAUCUGUUUGAGACUGCAUGCAAAUUCUUCACGUUUAACUCUUUGAGUCACACUUCAUUUCCUAUUGUUUGGAUUGGAAAAGGAGAAAGAAUAUAGCAGUGAACUCAAAACA